AUGAAGUUGUCUCAUGUAAUUAAAUGUGACAAAUGUUAUUUUUCAAAAGAUGGUCUAUUUUUACUUCAUAUAGUAGAAAAUAAAAUAUUUUUAACUGAAUUAAAUACUUUUGAAAUAUGCAGGAUUUAUGUGAGUAGCUAUAAGAUUGAUAAUGUAGAUUUUUCAAAUGAUAAUAUUCAUUUUUUAGCUUUAAUAAAAAAUAAAGGAUGUGUAUAUAUAUAUUCAUUAUAUAAAGAAAAUAUUAUUAAGAAAAUAGAAGACUUUUGUCAAACAUAUUUAGAUUCGAUUUUUCUUUAUAAAGACAGCAAUAUAUGUGUAUACAAAUAUGAAAAAAAAUGCUUCAGUAUAUAUGACAUAAAUAAUGUUGAAGAAUCUUUAGUAAAUAUUGAAAAUGCAAAAUUUAAAAAAAGUGGAUAUUGUUCAAACGACGAAGGUAGCAUAUUUGCUUGCAUAACACAAAAUAAUAAUAAAAUUGAAAUAUCAUUAAUAUCUUUACUAAAUUACAACGUUAUAAAUAAUAUAUCAUGUAAUAACUUGAAUCCCAAUAAAAUUUUCUUUACAAAAGAAAAUAACAUAAUAGCAUUUAACAAUAAAAAAAAAUCAUUACAUAUGUAUAAAACAAAUGGAGAAUUACUAUUUAUAUAUACAUAUAAAUGUGAAUUGCCAUGUAUAAAUGUUGUAGCUAAAAAUGAAAUAAAAAAUAUUUUAUCAGUAGGAUUUGAAAAUGGAGUUGUUAAGAUAUUAAGCUUGAGGGAUUUUAAGGAAAUUGAAACUUUGUUGUUAGAUGAUAUAAUUAUAAUGAAUCAAAAAUUAAAAAUUUACAAGGAAAAUAUUUCUAAUAAAGACACACUAAGUAGUAUUCUUUCAAAAGAAUCUAACAUAUCUUCUCACCAAAAUAAUAAAGAAAAAUUUGCUUAUUAUAGCAAUAAAGGAAUAAAAGAGGGAGAAUACAAAUUAAAACAUGGAAAGGAAAAAUCUAAUGAAUACGUUAAAAAAAAUUUUUAUAACAAAAUAUCAAAAAUAGGAAUAACUGCUUUAUCAUUUAGUAUAUGUGGGAACUAUUUAGCAGUUAUAAAUGAAAAUCAUAGUAAUGUAGUGCGAAUAUAUGAAAUGGAAAAUCAUUCAUGCAUAGCUAUAUUAGAACAAAAAAAAUUAGUGACAAGUAUGUACUGGGAUAAUAUAUUAUAUAAAGCAAGGCUUUUAAUUUGCACAAAUACGUCACAUUUAUUUGUGUGGUUACCAGAUGAAUGUGCUGUGCUUGAUAUGCCAAGAGGUUUUAUAUGUAGAGACGCAAAAUGGAAUUGUUAUGGAACUGUAUUAUUAGCUAAAAACGACGAAAAAUUAAUGGUAUUUUGCCCAAAAGAAAACUAUUGCUAA